AGUUUUUAUCACCAAUUUUAAAAUGUCACCUGGCAACUCAGGUCUUCCUUCAAUUUUGUUGAAAACCAGUAAUUGAGAACCAAUUGGGAAAUCAGUAUCUACAUAUUUUCCAUGGCGUUCAGUGGCCCGGACGUUCCUACCCUAUUGGUGGACACAUCAUUGUAAGAUUGGAGUGAGGAUUGGCGAGGGGUGCGCCCUUCUUGUGUAAAGCGGGAGAAGAGUCUAUUGUUAGGCAACAUUUUAGGAUAUAGGAUAAUAAACAUUGGUGUCCUGAAAACGUUCCUGGCCCCAACACUCUUAGAGCUUUGCAUUCUCCAGUUUGGAAACCAUGGCUCUGAAAGACUCAACUCACUCCAGUGAUGCCAGCCACCAGCUACUGUCGAUGACUUCGCAAGUUCGUACUUUCAGUCCACACCUCUUCCUUUCGCUGGGCACCAAACUUGUCUACAUUCCGAGUGUCCCGGCACCCCCCCGGGCUUCGCUUUCCACCUCUCACACUAGGAAGCGGCAAGCCGCUUCUGGUGCCCACACCGAUCCUCUGCUGCCCGCCCUGGGUCCUCCACCCUCGCCCCUGGAAUCGGCCUCCCUAGAUUCCCUUCCCUCUGAAGGUCAUUUGGAAACGGGCUCCAGGGGGCGACCCUGCGCAGAAAACCAAAUUCCAUCCGGGUUGGGCAGGGAGUGCUAGUCUCCAAGGAAGACGUUUCCCACUUUCGGUGGUGAGGAGUGUUCGGUGGCACGGCCAGCGCUCUGAAAGCUCCUCCUCUACGCGGGGAUAUCCAGUCGUAGCCACGAAAAUACGCUGCAUCCGUCCCUGAUUCCAAAGGAAGUCCUAGAGGGAGUCCUACCAACCAUCUAGCUUCCUCCGCCUUCCCCGUGCCAGGCCAGCGGCCACCGCAGGCUUGGAGGCCCGGCCCACCUCUGGCCGCGCGACUGGCCUUAAAGCGGUAGUGUAGUUAGGCUUCCUCAGGCAGGCAGUGGACCCACCGCAGGUUUUUCCUGUUUGAAGACUACAGCGUCUCACAACAACGCGCGCGAGAAAAGAGGGUACUCUCGCGAGAAGUCCAGGGGUGGCCGUGAUGGCGGCGGCGGGAGCAGGACCCGGCCAGGAAGCGGGUGCCGGGCCUGGCCCAGGAGCGGCCGCAAAUGCAACAGCUGCAGAAGAAGGGGAGAUGAAGCCGGUGGCAGCGGGAGCAGCCGCUCCUCCUGGAGAGGGGACCUCUGCUCCUCCGACAGCUGAGCCCAGUUCCGGCGAGGCUGAAGGCGGGUAAGAGGUCCUGCGGCCAGAGGAGGACGCGGGAGGGAGGCCCGCCCCUCGCGAAUUCCGCGGCUCUUGGGGCCCUGCCGCCCGCCCCCUGCGAACUCAGGCCCCGCCGCCAAUGGCUCGUCCUGCCCCUGCGCAGCUUGGCCCGUCCUCUCUCAAGAAUAUCUCAGAUAACGCCCCUUCCGCACCUUUCACGGGCGGUGGGAGUUGAGGCGCCUGCCAUUAUCACUGACUCUUGCACCCCGGCAGGAAGCUGGUAGCUCACUCUUUAACGGGAGGCCUUCACAUAUUCCAGAAAAAAAAAACAAAAACAAAAAACUACUUUUGCAGUGCCAGACUGGAAGAAGUAACGGUCACUCUGAAAACAGGGUGGGAGAGCUGCCUCUAUUUGAACCUCUCCCAGGACCAACUCUAACCCAGGGAGGCAAACUUGGUCGAUGUAAGCGGUGGUUUGGAGACAGAAUCAUCUAAUGGAAAAGAUACACUAGAAGGUGCUGGGGAUACGUCAGAGGUGAUGGAUACUCAGGCGGGCUCCGUGGAUGAAGAGAAUGGCCGACAGUUGGGUGAAGUAGAGCUGCAAUGUGGGAUUUGUACAAAAUGGUUCACGGCUGACACAUUUGGCAUAGAUACCUCAUCCUGUCUACCUUUCAUGACCAACUACAGUUUUCACUGCAAUGUCUGCCAUCACAGUGGGAAUACCUAUUUCCUCCGGAAGCAAGCAAACUUGAAGGAAAUGUGCCUUAGUGCUUUGGCCAACCUGACAUGGCAGUCCCGAACACAGGAUGAACAUCCGAAGACAAUGUUCUCCAAAGAUAAGGACAUUAUACCAUUUAUUGAUAAAUACUGGGAGUGCAUGACAACCAGACAGAGACCUGGGAAAAUGACUUGGCCAAAUAACAUUGUUAAAACAAUGAGUAAAGAAAGAGAUGUUUUCUUGGUAAAGGAACACCCAGAUCCAGGGAGUAAAGACCCAGAAGAAGAUUACCCCAAAUUUGGACUUUUGGAUCAGGACCUUAGUAACAUUGGUCCUGCUUAUGACAACCAAAAACAGAGCAGUGCUGUGUCUACUAGUGGGAAUCUAAAUGGGGGAAUUGCAGCAGGAAGCAGCGGAAAAGGACGAGGAGCCAAGCGCAAACAGCAGGAUGGAGGGACCACAGGGACCACCAAGAAGGCCCGGAGUGACCCUUUAUUUUCUGCUCAGCGCCUUCCCCCUCAUGGCUACCCCUUGGAACACCCGUUUAACAAAGAUGGCUAUCGGUAUAUUCUAGCUGAGCCUGAUCCCCACGCCCCUGACCCCGAGAAGCUGGAACUUGACUGCUGGGCAGGAAAACCUAUUCCUGGAGACCUCUACAGAGCCUGCUUGUAUGAACGGGUUUUGUUAGCCCUACAUGAUCGAGCUCCCCAGUUAAAGAUCUCAGAUGACCGGCUGACUGUGGUUGGAGAGAAAGGUUACUCUAUGGUGAGGGCCUCUCAUGGAGUUCGGAAAGGUGCCUGGUACUUUGAAAUCACCGUGGAUGAGAUGCCACCAGAUACUGCUGCCAGACUGGGUUGGUCCCAGCCCCUAGGUAACCUUCAAGCUCCUUUAGGUUAUGAUAAAUUUAGCUAUUCUUGGCGGAGCAAAAAGGGAACCAAGUUCCACCAGUCCAUUGGCAAACACUACUCUUCUGGCUAUGGACAGGGAGACAUCCUGGGAUUUUAUAUUAAUCUUCCUGAAGACACAGAGACGGCCAAGUCAUUGCCAGAUACAUACAAAGAUAAGGCUUUGAUAAAAUUCAAGAGUUAUUUGUAUUUUGAGGAAAAAGAUUUUGUGGAUAAAGCAGAGAAGAGCCUGAAACAGACUCCCCAUAGUGAGAUAAUAUUUUAUAAAAAUGGUGUCAAUCAAGGUGUGGCUUACAAAGAUAUUUUUGAGGGGGUUUACUUUCCAGCCAUCUCACUGUACAAGAGCUGCACGGUUUCCAUUAAUUUUGGACCAUGCUUCAAGUAUCCUCCGAAGGAUCUCACUUACCGCCCUAUGAGUGACAUGGGCUGGGGCGCCGUGGUAGAGCACACCCUGGCUGACGUCUUGUAUCACGUGGAGACAGAAGUGGAUGGGAGGCGCAGUCCCCCGUGGGAACCCUGACCAGGUCCCUCUUUUCUGUCAAGGACUUUUUGGGGAAUAAUACUGGGGGUUUUGUUUUUGUUUUUGAACUGUCUCAAAUGUUCUCCCAAAGAUGCUACAAAACACAGCCUCUCCUUUUAGCAAGUUAAAAGGCUGGGUAGGACUACAGGAGACUGCCUGCCUUUCACCAUUUUCUCCCAACUUCCAGUGACUGCUCUUAUUUUGUGUACCACAAGCCAACAACCGCUGACUCCAGGAUUGUGUAAGCCCCCUGUGAAAUCAGUGCUGUACUGCAUACCCUGCCAGCUGUGACUUGUUAUCCUACUAUAUUUUCUAAAGAGUGAAUAAUAUUGUCUGAGUAACUUAUUUGAAAGACAUUUCCUUCUGUGGGCAUUGACUCCAUCCCACCUGUUUUCCAAGGAAAUGGUAACCUGUUUCUGAGAACACCUGAAAUCAAUGGCUACACAUUCCAAACCAAUCUAAACGCUAUUUCCCUUUGGUGUGGGUUUGGUUUUGUUGUUCAUUUUGAAAUAUACUUUUGAACACUGAGAUCCCUAAAACUACUAGAUCUCUAGAAGUGUAAUUGUGAAAGAAACUUGCUUGCAGCUUUAACAAAAUGAGAAACUCUUCCCAAAUAAAACUUGUUUUGAAGUUU